CGGAAUCUUUAGACGAGUCACACUCAGGGCUAGAAAAUUUGUAGCGGUAUUUUAGUCCGUGGUUGAGUGGUUUACUUUUGCUGACUUGGUUGGGUCAUUUUCAUUCUACUGAAUAUUCUCGUGCGCUUGUCUUACUAGUUGGGCUUGUCUUGGGGCUUAUAUUAUGUUGCACUAUCUUGAAAACCUGAUGAGUAAUUUACUCGGAAAUUCAUGUUCAUCAAAAUUGUCUAGUUCUGCCUUUUAAUAUUCUACUGCUUAUUCACAGGAUCUUUAAUAGUUCAUUAUCGUCACCGUUAUAAAGGGUCCCAACUACUUUCACUGGUUCAAUGCAAAACACAUGAAUUCUACAUCCCCAAGAGAAUUCCUUGGAAACCCAGAAUUCUUUUGGGAUUUGUGUUUCUGGGUUGGAGUUAUUUUUUAGUAGCUUUUUUGAUAGAUUGCCUCAUGGGACGCCAUUACCUCACAUUAUUCUUUGUGGUAGUUUUACCAUUAUUUCUUCUUUUUGGAACUUGUUAUUCUCGGAUUAACCAAGAUCAAGAAAGAGAUAGGAUUAAAACUUUACCUGGGCAGCCUGCAAAUGUAGAUUUCGAUCAGUAUUCAGGUUAUGUUACUGUAAAUAAGAAAGCAGGGAGGGCUCUGUUUUACUGGUUCAUCGAGUCGCCAGCAAGCAGAGCACCUGAGUCGAGGCCGCUACUUCUGUGGCUGAAUGGAGGGCCAGGCUGUUCCUCUGUAGCUUAUGGAGCUGCCGAAGAGAUUGGUCCUUUUCGCGUUAAGCCUGAUGGAAAGACUCUUUUUUCCAACCCUUAUUCUUGGAACAAAUUGGCGAAUUUGCUUUUUGUUGAAUCACCAGCUGGUGUCGGAUUUUCAUAUUCAAACACAUCAUCCGAUUUGUACACCGCAGGUGACCAGAGAACAGCCGAAGAUGCAUAUACCUUUCUAGUUCAGUGGUUUGAAAGGUUUCCUCAAUACAAGCAUAGGGAAUUUUACAUUGCUGGAGAAAGUUAUGCAGGACAUUAUGUUCCACAGCUGUCUCAGAUUAUCUAUGAAAGAAACAAAGGAAUUGAGAAUCCAGUUAUUAAUUUCAAGGGCUUCAUGGUGGGCAAUGCUGUUACUGAUGACUACCAUGAUUACAUUGGAACAUUUGAGUACUGGUGGACGCACGGUUUAAUUUCGGAUUCCACAUACAAGGUUCUUCGUGAAACGUGUGAUACGGGAUCUUCUACACAUCCGUCAGAUGACUGUGUUAAGUCUCUUCUUCUGGCUGAAAAGGAGCAGGGGAACAUUGACCCUUAUAGCAUAUAUACUCCUCCUUGCAAUGCAAGUUCAUCCCUGCGACGGAGAUUUAGGGUUCACUUUCCCUGGAUGCCCAGAGCAUACGACCCGUGCACGGAAAGGCAUUCCACAGUUUACUUCAAUCUCCCAGAAGUUCAAGAGGCAUUCCACGCCAACACAAGUGGGAUCCCUUACCCAUGGAAAACAUGCAGGUGA